ACCAAACCGCUUCGCUUGCUCCUCAGCUCCCUGUCGCACACACCUUACGCCGGGUAGGCAGGAGCAGGACUCCCACUGUCCCACCGAGCCAGAGGCCCUCCGAUCCGAGCGAGCAGGGGCGCCACCGUCUCCAAUGGCUCGGCCACAGCAACGGUACCGCGGCGUGCGGCAACGCCACUGGGGCUCCUGGGUCUCCGAGAUCCGCCACCCUCUCCUGAAGACGAGGAUCUGGCUGGGCACCUUCGAGACGGCCGAGGACGCGGCGCGCGCCUACGACGAGGCGGCGCGCAUCAUGUGCGGCCCUCGCGUGCGCACCAACUUCCCCGAGGACGCCGCCGCCGACGGACAGGGGCAGCCGGCCGCGACGGCGCUUCUCUCCCCCGCGCUCGUCGCCAAGCUCCACCGCUUCAACCUUGCGUCCGUGCAGGCGGCGCGCGGCAGGGCCGAUGACUCCGCGGCAGCCGCCGCCUCGGCGCCCGCCGUGCUCGCACGCAUCGCGCCGAUGCCUGCCAGCAAUGCCAGCAUGCGAAUCGCCCCCUUGACGUCGGCGGCUGUGGCUGCGGGGCACUGGAGCGGCGACUUUCUCGAGGAGCAGUACGUGGACCAGAUGAUCGAGGAGCUUCUAGACUCCAACUUCUCUGUGGAGAUCUACUAGUUUCACCCGACUCCUCUGCUCCGUCUCAUCUCUCUGUUUGGUUUCGUCAGCUCAGCUCAGCUAGGGAGUGUAGUGAGUUAGUGGUGAGUUAGUACAGUAGUAUCAUUAGCCAUGCCAGGAGGAACUUGAGGUUUCUUUGGUUAGACUCUUGAGCAGUCUGAUGUGUAUACGGUAGCGUCGUCAGAGCAUAAAAUUUUUUCUACUGCCAAA